GCUCAGAGGGGGAGGGACUUGGCCGCGUCCUCAGCCUUCUUCUGUCUCCAAAACUUUCACCAAACUCCCGGUCUCCUCCUCCCACCCCCAAACCAAAACACAACAAGUCCAGGAGGAGGUACCGAUCGGGAGGCAGCCCCGCUGCCGGCCUUGGCUGAUGCAAUUUAUCCUUUAAGAUAUCUACCUGGACAUUCUCACGGCCGGACUCCCGUGGGGUGCAUCCCCCCGGGGCGAGGAGGAGAAGCAUGAUCUCGAUGCCCACGGUCUGAACGGAGCUGGAACCAGAGCCUGUGUCUGCCCCGCGGGACCCCGGAGCCCCCAGCGCCCCAGAGCGCUGCCCGCCUUCGCCAUGGCUGGCAAGGGUGGCACAGGGAUGCCGAAUGGCGUGGUCCCCGGCGAGCCAGCCAAGCGGCCCGAGAACCUCAAACGGGGCAACUGGGGCAACCAGAUUGAGUUUGUGUUGACGAGCGUGGGCUACGCCGUGGGACUGGGCAACGUGUGGCGUUUCCCCUACCUUUGCUACCGCAAUGGGGGAGGUGCCUUCAUGUUGCCCUACUUCAUCAUGCUGGUCUUCUGCGGGAUCCCCCUUUUCUUCAUGGAACUCUCCUUUGGGCAGUUCGCCAGCCAGGGCUGCCUGGGUGUCUGGAGGAUCAGCCCCAUGUUCAAAGGUGUGGGCUAUGGCAUGAUGGUCGUCUCCACGUACAUCGGCAUCUACUACAACGUCGUCAUCUGCAUCGCCUUCUACUAUUUCUUCUCCUCCAUGACCCAAGUGCUGCCCUGGGCCUUCUGCAAUAACCCGUGGAACACCCCCGACUGUGCCGGGGUGCUGGACACGGCCAACCUCACCAACGUCUCCGGGCCGCCCGCCGCCCCCGGCCCCCUCAACCUCUCCCGCCUGCUCAAUCACACCCUCCAGAGGACCAGCCCCAGUGAGGAGUACUGGAGGCACUACGUCCUGAAGCUGUCCGACGACAUCGGUGACUUCGGGGAAGUGCGGCUGCCUCUGCUCGGCUGCCUCGGCGUCUCCUGGGUUGUCGUCUUCCUCUGUCUCAUCCGAGGCGUCAAGUCCUCAGGGAAAGUGGUGUACUUCACGGCCACCUUCCCCUACGUGGUGCUGACCAUCCUGUUCGUGCGGGGCGUCACCCUGGACGGCGCCUUCACGGGCAUCAUGUACUACCUGACCCCGCAGUGGGACAAGAUCCUGGAAGCCAAGGUGUGGGGAGAUGCUGCCUCUCAGAUCUUCUACUCUCUGGGCUGUGCCUGGGGUGGGCUCAUCACUAUGGCCUCCUACAACAAGUUCCACAACAACUGCUACAGGGACAGCAUCAUCAUCAGCAUCACCAACUGUGCCACGAGCGUGUAUGCCGGCUUCGUCAUCUUCUCCAUCCUCGGCUUCAUGGCCAACCACCUGGGGGUGGACGUGUCCCGCGUGGCAGACCACGGACCCGGCCUGGCUUUCGUGGCCUAUCCCGAGGCCCUCACCCUUUUGCCCGUCUCGCCCCUCUGGUCCGUGCUCUUCUUCUUCAUGCUCAUCCUCCUGGGCUUGGGCACCCAGUUCUGCCUCCUGGAGACAUUGGUCACAGCGGUGGUGGACGAGGUGGGGAACAACUGGAUCCUGAAGAGAAAGACCUUCGUCACCCUGGCCGUGGCCGUGGCGGGUUUCCUGCUCGGGGUUCCCCUCACCAGCCAGGCGGGCAUUUACUGGCUGUUGCUGAUGGACAACUAUGCAGCCAGCUUCUCUCUGGUCAUCAUCUCUUGCAUCAUGUGUGUAUCCAUCAUGUACAUCUAUGGGCACCGGAACUACUUCCAAGAUAUCCAGAUGAUGCUGGGCUUCCCGCCCCCCCUGUUUUUCCAGAUCUGCUGGCGAUUUGUCUCUCCAGCCAUCAUAUUCUUCAUCCUGAUCUUCACUGUGAUCCAGUACCGCCCCAUCACCUAUAACCAGUACCAGUACCCCGGCUGGGCCGUGGCCAUCGGCUUCCUCAUGGCCCUCUCCUCCGUCAUCUGCAUCCCGCUGUACGCCGCGUUCCAGCUCUGCCGUGUUGAUGGCGAUUCCUUCCUGCAGCGUCUGAAGAACGCCACGAAGCCAAGCAGGGACUGGGGCCCGGCCCUCGCCGAGCACAGGACCGGGCGCUAUGCCCCCGCCCCGGGCACCUCCCCCGAGGACGGGCUGGAGGUGCAGCCCCUACACCCAGACAAGGCCCGGAGCCCGGCUGUGGGCAGCAACGGCUCUGCCCACCUCCAGGACUCCCGGAUAUGAGGGCUGCUGCUGCGGGUGGGGAGGGGAGGGGGACAGCGUCACACCCCAUGCUCCUCCUUUGCUCCCUCUAUUGAGACUGUGUGUGGGUGGGGGGGGGGGUCAGACCCACCCCCACCAUGCCCCUGCCAGGGGUGGGGUGGGGGAAGAAGUGCGGCCCCCUGUCAUCUCAGCCACCACCGCUAACCCCUGUGUUUCUCAUCACCCCGGUGUUUACAGGUCAUCAUGACAACGCUCCCUCACCUCUCACCCCCACCCCUACUCCGGACCACAAGCUGGGACCAGAGGGGGAGGGAGGGGAUUGGGUGGGCAGGAGAUGACCCUUCUGCCCCCCUCAGUGGGCUGUCUGGACAGAAGGGGACGUGGGGGGAGGGUCUGGGAACCAGAGUGUCCCCUCUACACUGUACUGAGUGUUGGGGCUUCCUCCCUCCUGAAAAGGGGGGCCUCAUUGCUGCUGUUGGGGCUGGAGCAGGAGAGCAGCCCCGGGGGUGGAAGUGGGUUUUGUGGCCAACACUGGAAGUGGGUGCGGGUGGGGGCGUGGCGUGUCUCCUGCCUCGGAAGAGGCUGGGGGCAUUCUAAAAAUGCCAACACAACAGGACUGAGAGCUCAGAGGGGAUCCUGCCCUGCCCUUGGGGGGUGGGGACAGACCCCUUCCUCUGAUCUCCUGCCCAAGAUCCCCCUCCCCAGUCAGUCCCUUCCACUU